CCCCCUCCCCCAUCGCGGCGCCCGGCAGCCCGCUCCGCGAUGGGAGCCGCAGCGGUUGCGGCGUACAGCCCGCGCUCCUCCCUCGCCUCCUCCUCUUUCUCCUCCUCCUCAGGGCUCCAGUCAGGCCGAGCCGCUCCGCUCACGAAAGGCAAACUGAGAUACAACUUGCUGAUUUUUGUGGUCACAUGGUGACAACGUAUAGAAAGUCAGAUCUACAACUUGAUGGGUGACAGUUCCUUUCAACCAAAAGAUAAUUUAAAAAUGGCAGAACUCUUUAUGGAAUGUGAAGAGGAGGAGCUAGAACCAUGGCAGAAGAAAGUGAAAGAAGUUGAAGAGGAUGAUGAUGAUGAGCCCAUCUUCGUAGCAGAGAUAGCAAGUUCAAAACCAGCUAUUUCAAAUAUUUUGAACAGAGUUAACCCGAGCUCUCAUUCAAGAGGAAUAAAGAAUGGUAUACUUAAUCGAGGUUUUACUGCUUCAUUCAAGCCUACAAGUCAACGCUGCCCGAAUUCAGCAUCAAAUCCUGUGGCUGCCUUGCCAGUAAAUUUUCAUCCUGAAUCUAGAUCUUCUGAUAGCUCUGUUAUUGUUCAGCCAUUUUCUAAACCUGGUUAUGUAACAAAUUCACCACGAGUUCUAUCUAGUAACCCUUCAGAGUUACUGUUUGACUUGACCCAGGAUACAGGAUUGUCACAUUACCAAGGGGGACCAACACUUUCUAUUGCAGGUUUGAAUGAAACUUCUUUUUUAUCAAAACGUCCUUCUGGUUCUGACAUAAGCAGUGUUAACCCAAAAAAGCCUAAACCCAAUGAAAAUAUUUCUGGAACAGAUGCCUCUUCUGUAGUCUCUUCAGAAAAGUCUCCAUCAGUGAUGUCUCUCCAAGUGGUGCCAUCACAAGGUACAAAUUGCUCAUCAAAUCAAUCUAAAAAUGGAACAACUUUUCCAAGAGCAUGUCCCAAGUGUAAUAUUCACUUCAAUCUUUUGGAUCCUCUGAAAAAUCACAUGACGUAUUGCUGUCCAGACAUGAUAAAUAACUUUUUGGGAUUGACUAAAACUGACAAUUUAAAUUCAGCAAAUGAAGCUAAGACUCUUGAUUCAGAAAAAGGAAAAUUGAUAAUGUUAGUUAAUGACUUUUACUAUGGAAAAUAUGAAGGAGAUGUCCAGGAAGAACAGAAGACUCAUACAACCUUUAAGUGCUUCAGUUGCUUGAAAGUCCUCAAAAAUAAUAUUAGGUUUAUGAACCACAUGAAACACCAUUUAGAGCUUGAGAAACAGAGCAGUGAGAGCUGGGAAAAGCACACCACCUGCCAGCACUGCUACAGGCAGUUCCCCACACCCUUUCAGCUGCAGUGCCACAUCGAGAGCACCCACACGCCUCACGAGUUCUCCACCAUUUGUAAAAUCUGUGAGCUGUCAUUUGAAACUGAACAGAUUCUUUUACAACAUAUGAAGGAUAAUCAUAAACCUGGUGAAAUGCCAUACAUCUGUCAGGUUUGCAAUUACAGAUCAUCAUUAUUUUCUGAGGUAGAGUCUCAUUUUAGAACAUCGCAUGAAAACACUAAGAAUUUGCUAUGUCCAUUCUGCCUCAAAGUUAUUAAAAUUGCCACACCCUAUAUGCAUCAUUACAUGAAGCAUCAGAAAAAGGGAAUACAUCGUUGCACCAAAUGCAGACUGCAAUUUUUGACAUGCAAAGAGAAAAUGGAUCACAAGACUCAACAUCACCGAACAUUUGUAAAACCCAAGCAACUAGAAGGACUGCCCCCUGGAACAAAAGUUACUAUUCGAGCUUCCGUUGCACCUCUUCAAUCGGGAUCUUCAGUUACACCUUCUAUCAGUGCAAGCACUUCUACCCUCCAGCUCUCACCUCCAAGGACUGAAAAUGUAACUGCUAAAAAUCACGUGAAACUGAAUACAAGUACACCAAAUACAACCAUAUCUGAUCCCAGUAAAACUAAUGAGAUCAAGUCUAAUGGAAGUAAAUCUAAAAACAGGUCAAAAGUCUCCAAUAUGCAGAAGAAACAAAGCACAUUGUCUAAUAGUAAUAAAAAAAGUAAAGUGAACACAGCACUAAGAAACUUAAGGUUACGUCGGGGUGUUCACGAGUGUAUUGAGUGUUCUUCUGAAGUAAAAGAUUUUGCAAACCAUUUUCCUACAUAUGUCCACUGUAGUUUUUGCAGAUAUAACACUAGCUGUAGCAAAGCCUAUGUAAAUCAUAUGAUGAGCUUUCACAGUAACCGUCCAAGUAAAAGAUAUUGUAUAUUUAAGAAGCAUUCAGAAAAUCUCAGGGGCAUUUCUCUAGUGUGCCUUAAUUGUGAUUUCCUAACUGACGUUUCUGGCUUAGAUAAUAUGGCCACACACUUAAGUCAACAUGAAACUCAUACUUGCCAAGUUCUAGUAGAGAAAGUUUCUGUUUGUAUCCCAACUUCUGAACGUCUUUCUGAAUUAAAAACUGAAGCUCCCACUAAGGGACAAGAAUCUGUGUCUAAGUUUGGAUAUUCUCUGUCCUGACCACUCAAAUGGUGCAACUGGGCUUUCAGUUUUGCCAGUAUACUGACAAGCCCAUCAAUGAAUGCACUUUUAGCUAUAAAAGCUUUAGUGUUUAAAUUGUUUUCUGAUUAUCACUUUUGAUUCACUACUGAAAUUUACAUUCUGCUCAUGCAUGCUAAAGUAUUUAACCAAUUAAUUGUAGUAAUUUAAUAACCUUUUUGGGCUGGAGAGAUGGCUCAGCUCUUCUUAAGAAAUGCUCUUGGAAAGACCUGAGGUUCAAUUUCUAGCAGACACAUGUUGUCUUAUAGCCAUCUGUAGCUCCAGUUUAAGGGAAUCUGAUGUCCUCUUCUGGCCUCUGUGGAUACCAGACAUGCACAUGGUACAUAGACAUACAAUCAGGCAAAACACCCAUACACAUAUAUUAAAUAUUCAAAAAAUUUUAAGAUGGUGGGUGGGUAAAGAGAUGGCUCAGCACUUAAAGACACUUACUUGUUCUUAUAGAGGACCUGGGUUUGGGUCCUAGCACCUACCUGGCAGCUCACAACCAUCUGUAACUCUAGUUCCAGGAUAUGCAACCCCCUUUUUUGACCUCUGUGAAUACUGCACAUGCAUGUGGUGCACAUACAUAAAUGCAGGCAAAAUAUUCACACAUAUAAAAAGUAACCUCGAAUUAAUAUAUUUUUCUGUCUCAAGCACUUGGAAGAUAGCUCAGCUGGUGGUGUUUGUCAGGCAUGCAUGAGGUUUAGAGUUCAGUUCCCAGCAGCUACAUAAAGAGCCAGUCGUGGUAACACACAUUUCCAAUCUCAGCAUGAGGGAGACAUCCCUGGGACUUGAUUUGAGCCUCAUCAGUAAACUCCAGGUCCCAUAUAAGACCCUGUUUCAAAAAAUAAGGUAGAGAGUAUCUGAGGAAAACACUUGAUGUUGGCACCUGCCUCCACACACAUGCUCAUACAUCUAAACCUUCAUCCAUGAAUGUGCACAGGCCCAAAAGUAAACUUUGUCCCUCUGAUAAUCCCUGUUUCUGUAUUGUGCUGAGUCUAGCUCUUUGUCAUCUAACAGUAUGCACCCUGCCCUUCUUGUUUUUCAGUUAAGUAUUUGGUUGGAAGAUAUUUUGUGUAGGUCUGAAGAGAACAGUAUGUCUAAUGCAUAUCUUUUUCUGGUUUAGGCCAUUCACAUGGAACUUGGGUCUGUCUAGUCAGGGACUGAAUUCAGUUUGGGUUUUCUCAUAGCUAAUGAGAAAUCCUGAGAGAAACAGGUUCUUUCUAUGGGACUUCGGGUUUACUGAUGAGGCUCAAAUCCAAUACCAAUAGCAUCUCCCCUUUAUUCUUUCCUGUUAACAUUAUUAGCUAGAAUAAAUCAUCAAAGUCAUAUUUAUUUGAUUUCCCUGCUUUUGGUGUCAGGGAAGCCACUUUUUAAAUACACAAAUCAGAUUUCUUAAGUAUACUUAAACGUUAUAUGCAUAUUGAACCUUUUGUUACGUUUUAUGUUGUUUGUGUUUGUGCCUGUGUGCACCUGUGUGUGCAGGUACCCAUAGAGACCAGGAGGCAGCGUCAGAUAUCCUGAAGUUAGUUGUAAGUGUGUUUAAGAGCCACCUGCUGUGGGUGCUGAGAUCAGAACUCCAGUCCUGCAAGAGCAGCAAACAGUUGCAACUGCCAAGCAAUUUCUCCCAUUCCUCGUGCUCCAUACUUUUCAUUUACUGUGUAUUUUGAUAGGUAUAUUAUGACACUGUGACUAACUGUUACGGUAAUUAAAUUUCUACUUACUUAGACCACCUCCUCUGUCUUCUGUUCCUCUAUGCCCAUCAUUCCACAGGAAUAAAAUUAGAGUAAGCCAAAUGAGGCCUUCACCUCUGGGCUACAAAAUUAAAGAGGUGAAGUCUCAAAAUUUUAAUAAGUUAAAUUUACUAUUUUAGUUCAGUAUUUUAAAGCAUCAACAGUAAAUGCAGAAUAAUUCAUGAUGAACAUAAUCUGAAAGUUUUAAAGAUGGAAUCUUGUUUAAUCUUGUAUUUCCUGCCUUUGUGGGGCAGAUAAUGAAAGACCCCCACUUACAUUUGACAUUCUCCUCUGAUGCUCCUUGUUCAGUCAUGAGAGAAGAGAGGCUGGCAGGCUGUUCUCCUUAAUCUUAGCUUCAAUCCGUAGUAGUGCUACUCAAGCAGAAACGUUCAUGUAACUACAAAUCUUUGUUGAGUUUUAAUAUAGUAAGUGUAGAUAGUAGUUAUAUAAUAAAUGCAAUUUUUAUUUAUUAAUAUAAUUGACCUGUUACAAAUGAAACUUGAAAAAGAUGUUAAAUAAUUUUUGAAGAAUUAUUUUCUUACUAGGAAAAUUGACAGUUUCUCUGUGUAAAGCAAUGAUAGCAGCCAUGUGAGAUAGCUCAGAGCAGAUGCAGUGUUUGGGCAUCCCUCCAGCCCAGCAUUCCACCCUCAGUGUGACACAAGACAAGAUCUUUUGCUCCAUUUGGGGGUUUCUCUGCUAUAAAUUCACUGAAUAGGUUUCUGGAUCUUGUUUAUUUCUCAGUUACUUCUAACCUAUGGAUUCUUGGGUUUGGUCUCUUCAUCAUGUCCCAGAGUUAAAGUUUGGUUAUUGUUUUUGUUUGCAUUCUCUUUUAUUGACAUCUGAUUGCGAUAUUUCCUCAGUCUUGUUCUGUCCCUGCUGUCCUUUUCUCUACUUCAUCUAGUCUAUUUGUGAUAAGCUGCACUGUGCUUCUUGUUUUAUCCUAUUUUCAUUUCUAAAGUUGCCUUGCUCUUUAACUUCUCUUGUGUUUCUGAGUUGUAGCUUAUGUGUCCUAGUUUACUUAGAAGUAGGCAGCCUUCUCUCUGAGGGCUCAGUCUAUAGUACUACAGAAUAAACAAACUGCCUUAGUAGGCAACAAAACAAGACAUGGAAAUAGAAUUUAAAACAAUUAAAGCCAAUGACUAUCCCACCAGUAACUAAUAGAAAAUAAAAUGGCACAGGCUAGCAAGGUGGCUAGCAGGUAAGGGCACUUGGCACCAAGCCUAUAGGACAAACUUCUGCAAAAUGUCCUCUGAUCUCAACAUAUGGUGCAUGUGUGUUCUGCCCUGGGCUCCGUGUCUCCUAGUGCUAAAUUUUCUUUGUGUACUAGGAAUCGCUGUUAGCCACAUCUUGGUUCUGUGGACUGAAGGUUAGACAGGUUCUUACUUGCUCCCAAUACCUUUCAGUUUGUAUGCCUUUGAGGAUAAGCAUUCAAAUUGAAGAAUUUUCUCAAGGGCAUCAAAGAGUAGCGGAAAAAAACUAAUCUAUGCCAAAGAGAUCUGAGGGAACCAAACAGUUUCAGAGCCUGCCUAGCAGUGGAUCACCCUGGAGAUAGGAAGGAGGAGGCUUAAGUUUCUCAUUCUUGCUAGCAUCAGAUCUCACAUUGCAAGGAGGCCUCUCCAGAGUCUGAGCUAUCUGCCAACUUCAGGCUGAGGGCUGUCAUCUAUCUCCCCCCAGUGAUCCUAAGUCCCCAAAUUGUCAUACAAGUGGUCACUGACCAUUGGACCUUCCUAUCAUGAAUUACCUGCUGCCUAAACUGCUUAGUGUGUUCGUCAUCUUGCAUCUUCUUCUCUGUGUUAGCGUCUCCAGGCACCCUGACUUGGGAUUCUCCCUUGCUUUUUGGUUUCCAGAAAUAGCUCAGGCGCAAACAGGUUCCUUCUCAAGAUAGUAUAUUGUGGUGUAAUACGGGGCUUUUGUAAAACGGAUUUCUUUUCCAGUUCUGGUCCUGCCAUACAGGAAGAGUUAUUUUCCUACUAAAAUUUCUUACCAGAUUUAAGAUGUAGGCUUCUCCUUUGGCUAGGACUAUCCGUCUUCAGCAAGUGGCCUGCCUGCUGUCUUUGUACAGUUAGCCUCUACUUCCUUCCCUGGGAGGGACGUGCUAGAGGUCUGCUUGCUUUUGUUGCUUAUGUAGUUUUUGUGUUUCUAGCACUUCAGCCAGCCAUCUUUAAUCCCCAAUGUUUUGCCUCUUCCUCUUUUCAGAGUAAAAUCUACUAGUCAUUUAUGGAGUCACAUGUAGGUUGUACCUAAGAAAGGUGCCUUUUGGUUUGGUUUGUUUGUUUUGUUUUGUUUUUGAGGCAAAGUUUCUCUGGGUAGCCCUGGCUGUCCUGAAAUUCUCACUUUGUAAACCAAAACUGACCUUAAACUCACAGAGAUGCACCUGCCUCUGCCUCCCAACUGCUUUAAUUAUAUGCACAGAAUAUUGAUAAGACAUGAGUUCAAAGACUGAAACCGAAGACGUACAUUGCACAUAGUCCUGGGCUGAUCCUUAGUAUAAUAAUUAAUAAUAAUAAUAAUAAUAAAUAAUUAGUUCUGCUUGUGCUUGGUACUGGAGAAUACACUAACUGCUGGUAUAGUGUGGGUGCUUUUGUCUUGAUUUGUGUUAUGUUGCCAGCAUUUUUAUUCCUCGCUAGUCUUAUAUUAUACUAAGAAUUAUGACUUCACUUAAUUCCUGAAAUCUAACAUGGAUUCCCCGGGUGUCUGUAAAUCAAAUUUGAGACCUCCUGACAUGAAUUUAAUGUGAAUUUACCUACUGAAUUUGUGUGCAUGCAACCUUCACAGUUUGCAUGGAUAUUAUUUAGACUUUGCUGUAGUGAAAUCCGGUGUGCUAAUGCUGAGGUGAAGGAUUUUAUGAAGAGAUUUCACACACUCAACACAGUCUUUACAGGGAGGGGUGUUUGGGGACUGAUUAGUGUUUACAAAGAGAAAUCCAGUCCCUCAUGUUGUUCUUUGCUGUUUUUGGUCCUCACGUAGUCUUGAUUAGAUAGUUCAAAGAGCUGACUGUUUACCUCUGUGGUAAGGGAAGGAACCUAACCUUUUGUGAGUUGGAGAAGGAGCAGUUAGAUUCCCAACAGUUACUGUGCAUCAGUUUUGCCUUUUACAUGCUCAGCGUUAGACCAGGUUUCUCUCAAAGCCUCGCAUCUGAGUCCCCUGUCCGGAUCGACUCACCCCCUCAUUGCCCUCCCAUGGCAUCGCUGUCACUUCCACCAUCCUGCUGAGCCCUCACUAUCCCAGCCAUGUGCCAGCUUCUACAACUUUGCUGACAUGUCUUUACUAAUAAGCAUGGUUGGUAUUUGGUUUUUUGGUUUUUUUAUGAGUGAAAUUGCUUAAUUCUCAGGUAUAAUUUUUUUAGCAGAAUUGGGUAAAUAAGGACAUAAAUAGUGUGAUUCGUGUCACAGGCUUGAGUCAGUCUGCUGGGGUUAUGAGCAAGUUCUCUGUGUGCUGUAUCACUUGGACUUUGUGCUCUCUCUACUUCUCAGUUGUACGGACAUCAGUUGUGAUCCAUUGUGUGGACUAAAUGAAACUCAAUGUAAUUCUUAGUACACUCCAUGCAGCGUAUGUGCUUGGAGGCUGGUAGUUGUCAAGGACUGCUGAACCGCUCCCACUAGAAGGAGGUUUUUCAAUAUUCCUUUCUCACACUCAACAUUUGAAAUGAGCAAAAUAUUUCUUCAAUAUAUCUGUCUUUUCAUACAUGUGGCUUGACAGUGGAAGAAUUCACAUAAUUCUUAAAUAUGAAAUAAAAAUUUCAAGUGUUUUUUUUCCUUAGUAUCUGCAAUAUGGGUAAGAUUCUGGGGGUUGGUAUCUUGUUAUUUAUAUUCAAGUUUCAACUAGUUUUCUGCUUGAAUAACUUCCACAUUUGAAAACCUUGGUAAGGAAAAUAGGCAACAUCUUACUUUGUGGUCUUUAGUGAUCUGGAACUCAGUAUGUAGACCAGGCUGGCCUUGCACUCAGAGAUCUGUCCGUCUCUACCUCCCAAGUGCUGGAAUUAAAGAUGUAAGGCACUACCUUCAGCUGGGAAAUAGUUCUUAAUAAAGUUGGGUACUGCUUCUUGACUUUAAUUCAAAACUUUUUGGUGUACUGAAAAUGUUAUGGGUUUGAAAAAAUGUCUGUUCUACUGUACACUUCAGACUGAAAAUAAGAUUGAAAAAUUCAUUUUUUGUUCCUUUGGUGUAUUAGCUUGUACACUUAAGUUGCUUCUAUCCAGGAUAACACUUAAUAAUAAUAAUAAUAAUAAUAAUAAUAAUAAUAAUACCGUGAGUGUAAAAGUGUUAUUG